AUGGUCGUUGCUCCUCUCGUUCGAUCAGGCCGUCUCGCAUCUCGUGCGCUUCGUGCUGCAGCUACGUCAUCUUCCUUUGCCUCUUCGUCGAGCAGCCGCAGGAAUCUGCACACCUGUCCACCAACACCCGAGGUCCUCUCCGAGGGAUGUUCACCCUUCCUCACCGGCUCUACAGUCAAGCAAAUCUCGCAGGAGUGGCAAGGAGGCCUGCUCGAGCUUCUCAACCAAGAAGUUCGCGAUACCGAGUUCGCCUCGUCGUCCAUCGUAGAGACCGUUGUCGGUCUCUCGCAGAACAGGGAAAAGAUCCUCGCGUUCAACUACGCCUCGCAAGCACUGAACAACAGCUUCUUCUUAUCCACCUUGGCACCCCAGGACCGACUGCGCAACCCAACCCCAUUGCCUAAACUCGCUACCGCCAUCUCCAAGAGCUUUGGCAGCUUUCCUGAAAUGUGCCUCGCUUUCUCCUCCGCUGCUUACGGCAUGAGCGGCAGUGGUUGGGUCUGGCUCGUUACCGAUCAACACAGAAACCUGGGCGUCGUCCCCACGUUCGGCUCCGGUACCAUCAUCGUCCAAAACCGCAUGCAGCAGGGUAAACACUUCCUCCUCCCCAGCAUCAAUGACCAAUCCUCCGGCGGCUCCACAGACACUCGAAAGCCUGCAUCCACACCUUUGGAACGUCCAUCCCGCCCUUCCGACUCACUCUUCAGCGGCCUCGGAAUCUCGGACAAGGUCGGCAAGGAUCUCUACCCUCUCCUCAAUAUCAGCGUCCACGAACACGCCUGGUUGAACGACUACGGUAUCAUGGGCAAGGAGGAGUACCUCACCCGCUUCUGGAACUGCGUCAACUGGGACAAGGUCGAGGAGCGCUUUGAGUCUUACUGCCCUCAGUCCUCGCGAUACUAA